AUGAUAAUAAACCGGCAAUUUAUAUCAUCCGUCUUCUUCCAUUUAGCUUUACAAUUAAUAUUAACUGCGCUCUCCUCCAUUCAUUGGUCGUUACUCUGCAUAAUACUUAUUACUUAUUCCAUUGGAUUAUAUAGGCAAUAUAAAGAUUCACGAAAAUCUUCUCGUCUUUGUUAUCAUUACAUUUCCACGAUUGUUUUCACGAUUAUUCAUUUUAUCUUCGUACUUGCUUAUAAUAAAAUUCUUCCGUGGGAAAUAGGUCUAGUCGUUUUAUUUCUUCUUCUUAUUCUUCAUUACGCACGGCGAUUAGGCGCAUCUCUGUUCAAAUCGGAUCUAACAUGGUUACCGAUCGGUAUUCACCCAGAACACAAUCCGAAUGCGUCAUCCAUCGUUGUUACUAAAUUUCUUAUUUCCAGUUUACUUCUCUUUGGAUAUACAUGUCAGUUAUGUUUAACAACAGUUUGUACACCAUCAAUUUACUUCAACUGGUUUCUCAUCGUCACCGAUUGUCGGUACACUUAUACAAAUCUGCUUUCGAGUUAUACAUUCGCCGGUGGAAUUCUUGUGCUGUUAACAUGGACGAUUAUCUUGGUUUUGCAUAUAAUUCUACAAAAAAUACGACCUUAA